CCCGGCGCCCAGCGCGUGGUGGUCUUUGCCGUGCUGGCGCUCCUGGUCCUCAUCAACGUCGUACUGAUAUUCCUGCUGGCCUUCCGCUGACCGCCUGGGCAGGGCGCUGCGGGGAACCGCGCAGGGCUCAUCAGUGAUGGCAGUGUGGUCUGUGCUGAGGCACUCUGGGACCAUGUCACCAUGGAUGACCAGGAACUGGGCUUCAAAGCUGGGGAUGUCAUCGAAGUAAUGGAUGCCACCAACAGAGAGUGGUGGUGGGGUCGUGUUGCCGACGGCGAGGGCUGGUUUCCAGCUACCUUUGUGCGGCUGCGGGUGAACCAGGACGAGCCCGCCGACGAGGAGGCUUUGCGGGCCGGAGACGGAGAGGCCGAGGAUGGAGGGGCCGAGGCGCAGAGCAGCAAGGACCAGAUGCGGACCAACGUCAUCAACGAGAUCCUCAGUACCGAGCGGGACUACAUCAAGCACCUGCGCGACAUCUGCGAGGGCUACAUCAGGCAAUGUCGCAAGCGCGCGGACAUGUUCAGCGAAGAGCAGCUGCGCACCAUUUUCGGGAACAUUGAGGACAUCUACCGGUGCCAAAAGGCGUUUGUGAAGGCGCUGGAGCAGAGGUUCAACAGGGAGCGCCCCCACAUGAGCGAACUGGGCGCCUGCUUCCUGGAGCACCAAGCAGACUUCCAGAUCUACUCAGAGUACUGCAACAACCACCCCAAUGCCUGUGUGGAGCUGUCCCGGCUCACCAAGCUCAGCAAGUACGUGUACUUCUUUGAGGCCUGCCGGCUGCUGCAGAAGAUGAUAGACAUCUCACUGGACGGCUUCCUGCUGACACCAGUGCAGAAGAUCUGCAAGUACCCUCUGCAGCUGGCUGAGCUACUCAAAUACACACCCCCCCAGCACAGGGAUUUCAAGGACGUGGAAGCAGCCUUACAUGCCAUGAGGAAUGUGGCCCAGCUCAUCAACGAACGGAAACGAAGGCUUGAAAACAUUGACAAGAUUGCUCAGUGGCAGAGCUCCAUAGAGGACUGGGAGGGGGAAGAUCUCCUGGUCAGGAGCUCAGAACUCAUCUACUCGGGGGAGCUGACUCGUGUUACCCAGCCACAAGCUAAGAGCCAGCAGAGGAUGUUUUUUCUCUUUGACCACCAGCUCAUCUAUUGCAAGAAGGACCUUCUCCGCCGGGAUGUGCUGUACUAUAAGGGCCGAGUGGAUAUGGAUGGACUGGAGGUGGUGGAUCUGGAGGAUGGAAAAGACAGAGACCUCCACGUGAGUGUCAAGAAUGCUUUCCGGCUGCUCUGCGGCGCCACAGGAGAGAGUCACCUGCUGUGUGCCAGGAAGUCUGAGCAGAAACAGCGCUGGCUCAAGGCCUUCGCCGAGGAGAGGGAACAGGUGCGGCUGGACCAGGAGACAGGCUUCUCCAUCACCGAGCUGCAGAGAAAGCAAGCCAUGCUGAAUGCCAGCAAGCAGCAGGCCACUGGGAAGCCCAAAGGCACUUAUGAUCCCUGCUUCUGCUCAGCUCUCAGCCGGCCUUACUACCUGGCACGCCAGAAGCACCCAGUACUGCCCACCAGCCUGCCUCAGCAACAGGUCUUGGUAUUGGCAGAGCCCAAGCGGAAGCCGUCCACCUUCUGGCACAGCAUUAGCCGGCUGGCACCCUUCCGCAAGUGAGACAGCUCCCCAUCCGACAGCACUGUCUGGACCUGCCUCACCACUGGGCCUCCAGCUUUUUCUCCCUGAGGCCAACCGCAUGUGGCCUACUCUGCAGGUCACGCCCACUGGAAGUUACAGGCUGAGUGAGGGACUGCUCGGCACCCCAUUCAUGGAUUCUUCCCCACUACUGGUGCACUGAAGACACCAGCUGGAGGGGCAGGGGCCCAUAGCAGUCAGCCUCCUGCCACCCUCUGGACCUCUAUGGGGCCUCCUGGGAGCCACAGCUCAGCCACCAGCCAGGCCAAUGUGGUGAGAGGACUGGCCGCUCUAAAACCUCUUCUCUGGACAUCUGAUCAUCCCUUCUCCUGUUUCCGCUGGGCAGGAGACCAUCUGCCUUUUUAGGCCCCUGCAAAGUUGGGCUGCCCCUCUGCCCUCCAACUGUCUCUGAGCCCCCAGUCCCCAGCUGGUGGUGCCAAGCAACUUGCAUCCCUGGAGGGUGGCAGUCAGAAUUCUGUGCACAAAAAUGUCUGGCCCAGAGCCCACUCAUUUUCGCCUUCUAGCCCCUCUAGACACUCCUGGCUG